AUGUCAGGCUUGAAGGAGUACCCGCCAAACAUGGCGCCGCAGGAUGCGCUCAUCGUGCGGCGAGAGACACCACGAGACCACGCCGUCGUCCCCUACUCGGGCGAGGACCUCGCUCGCGCCAAGUUCGGCCCCGUAAACCCGUUCAAGGACGAGACGACCGGUGUGAAACGGAAAAACGUCCCGACGGGUUUCGCCGAGGAGACCUACGUGUCGGAGCACACCUUCCGAGCCAAACACCGAGCCAUCGAGCGCAAGGGAGGGCCCGAAAGAGAGUACCAGGGCGGCGCGGCCGUGAAAGAGGAAGCCGCACGGAUACGAGCGGCCAGGGAGAGGAAGGGCGACGCGACGGUCGUCGAGGGGGACGGCGCGUACGUGGGGCCGUGGGCGCGGUACCGGCAGGAGGAAUACGAGGUGGUAGGCGAGGGGGAGCAACUGGCGAGCGACGAGGAGUACGUCGAGGUCACAGACGAGGACGAGGACGACGUGGUAGAGAGCGGCACGGUAGUCCGGGCGCCAGAAACGGCACUCGCACGGCGGAAGGAGGUCGAGGAGCUGGGAGAGGAGACGACGACGUUCCACGGGGCCGAGGAGCGGGACUACCAGGGGCGAACAUACAUGCACGUGCCGCAGAACCUGGACGUGGACCUGCGCAAGGAGGUGGGCAACGUCACCAACUACAUCCCGAAGAAGCAGAUCCACGGGUGGAAGGACCACAAGGGAGCCGUCACGGGGACGCGGUUCUUCCCCGGGUCGGGCCACCUGCUGCUCUCGGCGUCGGCCGACGCGACGGUCAAGAUCUGGGACGUGUACCACCAGAGGGAGCUGCUGCGGACGUACUCGGGCCACAACAAGGCGGUGUCGGACAUCACGUUCAAUCUCGACGGGACGCGGUUCUUGUCGGCGAGCUUCGAUCGGCAGAUCAAGCUGUGGGAUACCGAGACGGGGAAGUGCAUCUCGCGCUUCUCGACGGGGAAGACGCCGCAUGUGGUGCGGUUCAACCCGACGGUAGAGCACGCGCACGAGUUUGUGGCGGGUAUGUCGGACAAGAAGAUUAUUCAGUGGGAUACGAGGGCGGGCAACGAAAUUGUGCAAGAUUACGACCACCACCUCGCGGCCAUCAACACCAUCACAUUCGUCGACCAAGGCCGCCGCUUCAUGACCACGUCGGACGACAAGUCGCUGCGGGCGUGGGACUACAACAUCCCGGUCCCGAUCAAGUACAUCGCCGAGCCGUACAUGUACCCGAUGACGCGGUCGGCGCUGCACCCCAACGGCAAGUACGUGGCGUACCAGAGCUCGGACAACCAGGUGGUCGUGUACGGCGCCACGGACAAGUUCCGGCAGAACCGCAAGAAGUCGUACCGCGGGCACAACAACGCCGGGACGGCCAUCGACGUCGCCAUCAGCCCGGACGGCCAGUUCCUCGCCUCGGGCGACACCCUGGGGUACAUCUGCUUCUGGGACUGGAAGACGUGCAAGAUGUACCACAAGCUCAAGGCCGGCGACCAGGCCAUUACGUGCCUCGAGUGGCAUCCGCAGGAGACGAGCAAGUUUGUUUCCGCGGGCAUGGACGGGCAGAUUCGGUAUUGGGAUUGA